AUGCUUUCCUUCCAACAGGUCAUCAACUACACUCAAAAUACCCUCAGUACUAUGCCACCGGGCUACUUACCUAAAUGGUUGUUGUUCAUCUCUGUCGUGUCGGCCUUCAAUUCAGUGCAAACUUAUAUCUCUGGUUUGGAACUCACUCGUAGAGUGUACGAACGUAAGCCUCAAGAAACUACGAAACUCAGUGCCAGAACUUUCGGAACCUGGACUUUCAUCAGCAGUGUGAUCCGUUUGUAUGGUGCGUUGUAUUUGCACGAAGAACACAUUUACCAAUUGGUGUGCAUCUCGUAUCUGGUAGCUUUGGUUCACUUCGGCAGUGAAUUGCUACUUUUCCGUACUUGCAAGCUCGGAAAAGGAUUCAUGGGCCCAUUGGUGGUGUCUACGACCUCUUUGGCCUGGAUGUACACUCAAAAAGAGUUCUACACCGGCAAAGCGUGGUAA